AUGGAUGAUUCGGAUGAGGAGUUUGAAAUAUUAUUUGGUGAUACUUCGUCUUCAUCAAGCGAGGAAUUAAUUGGUCAAGUUCUCAUGGCUAAUCGAAUACAUGAGAUGCAAAAAUCUCAACAGAUUAGACGACCACUACGCACUUCAAAUAUGUCUGGACGUCAAUAUUUACUUGAGCUGCUAAAUGGACAUCCUGAUAGAUUGUUUUACACAAUUAGAAUGGACGUUAAUACUUUUAGAUCUUUAUGUCGUCGAUUAGUUGAAAUGGAAGUCAUAGAACAUGACAGGGUAAUUAGUGUUGAAGAAGUUGUUGUCAUGUUUCUAUGGAUAGUAACACACAACCAACGAGUUAGGACUGUGGCCGAAAGAUAUCAACAUUCGGUAGAAACUGUUUGUCGUCAGUUUGGCAGAGUGCUAGAUGCAUUGUGUUAUUUAGGAAAUGAAGUAAUAAGGCCUCUUCACUUUAAUACUGUGCAAGCAGAAAUUCAAAAUAAUUCGAAGUAUUUCCCAUGGUUUAAGGAUUGUGUUGGAGCAAUUGAUGGUACUCAUGUAAGUGCCGUUGCACCAGCUCUAAAACAACUUGCAUAUAGAGGAAGAAAAGUAGAUGUAACACAAAAUGUAAUGGCUGCAUGCUCCUUUAAUAUGAUGUUUACUUAUGUCUACGCUGGAUGGGAAGGAACAGCCAAUGACUCUCGAGUGCUUCUUGAUACAAUUAGAAAAGACGAUAACUUUCCCAUGCCACCACCAGGUAAAUACUAUGUUGUUGAUUGUGGCUAUCCAAAUAUGCCUGGGUUUCUAGUACCAUAUCGUGGUGAACGUUAUCACUUGCGUCGCUUUAGAGGAAGAGGGAACCAUCCUAGAGGUGCGAUGGAGUUAUUCAAUUAUAGGCACUCAUCAUUGCGCAAUGUGAUUGAACGUUGUUUUGGACUUCUUAAAGCCAGGUUUCCCAUUUUGAAGUCAAUGCCUCCAUACUUGCUUGGAAAGCAACGUCGAAUACCAAUAGCAUGUUGCACUAUCCACAACUGGAUCAAAAUGCAUUCUAUUAAUGAUAGAAUGUUUGAACAAUAUUCAGUUGAUGCUACACCUGUUGAAGAUAUUGAAGGAACUGAAAGCCAAUCUAAUACAACAAUAGAAAACCAACAAGAAGGAGAUGAAGCAGGAAUUUCUGAGGCACCACAGAUUAAUUUCAGUCAAGCUUAUAUGGCUCAGAUGGAAAAUGUUAGAGAUGACAUUGCUGGACAAAUGUGGCUUAGUUAUAACAAUAAUGUUUAGUUAAUUAAAAAUAUGUAACUUUAAUUUAGAAAAAAAAUUAAAAUUAACGACAAUGCAAUAUUGUUAUGAA